UUUGUCAAAAAUGAAGGCAUUGUGAACGGUUAUUUUAACGUUUAAAAGGACAAUCUCAGAUCGGGUUGCCUGUAAUAAUUAAUUGUAAAAUCAAAUUUAGUCUACAAUUGUGUGAUAAAUUUAUUGUUGUGUUCAUAUAUUUUAUGUACGGGUACAAUUUUGUAGGUUAGAAACCGAAAACCGGUUAUUCCGCGGUAAAUUCAAAAAUUUAUUAUUGAAAAACAUGUCAAAACGCCAAAAACCAGACCAGAAGCAGUUGUUUAAUAGUCUAGCAAAAGACUUUCAUGAUUUGGUCAGUAAUAAACAAGUCUUACGAACAUCAGUAGAAAAUUUUUUAAAUAACUUAAUUGACGAGAUGACAUUAGGAAUAAUUUUUGAUUUACAUCGUAAAUAUAAAACAAACGCUUAUGAUUUGGAAGAAGAUGAUAGUUGUGAAGAGGAUGAUUCGGGGGAUAUUGAUAUUUUCUCUCAGCAUAAUUUAAAAAAGAUUCAAGACUGUAACUGCCCUAAUUGUGAUAGGGCAGUAGCUGCUACCCGAUUUGCACCUCAUUUAGAAGCUUGCAUGGGGAUGGGUAGAAUUAGUAGGUCACGUAAUGCUUCCAGGCGAGUGGCGAACAAUAGUAAUGAUAGAGACAAUUCUUAUGGAGGAAUACCAAGUGAUGACGAUGAUGAUGUAGACUGGAAUUCUGGAGACCGUAGGAAAAAGAAAAAAGAGAAAAAUGGUGGCAAGAAAAAUAGAGGGACUCCAAAAAAGGUUUUGGAACCAGAUCCUGUAGAGUCGGUGAAUGUUGAUGUUGAAGGAGACGAUGACGAUUUAACAAAUUUAAGAGAUAUACUUCACUUGCAGGAUCAUUCCAAUAGUACCUCUCCGGCAGAUUCCGCUUCUAGUUCAGGAUCGAUAAAAAAGAAAGACAAGUCGAAAAGUAAAAAAAGUGCUAAAAGAGACCGGACUUCACCCAGUUCGAAUACAUCACUAGAGUGAAAUAAUGGAGUAUUAUUAAUUGUGAUUCUAAUUUAGAUCUCUCGUAUUUUGUCCAAACUUAUAUAAAUUGUGCAAGUAUAUUUAUAUAUCGCGUUAUUAAGGAUUAGGGCCGUACUUUAUGAAAUAUGGAUGCAUUUCAUUAUAUAGAACUUUUUAUUUUU